UCAAGGUCGGGAAAUUAGAUCCCUAGAUUCGAAGAUGGAAAUCGAUGAAGAUAGGAGCGAUUUCGAGAAAGAUGAAGAGGAAGACGACGACUCAGUUUCCGAUCUCUUGAGAGAUCGCUUUCGUCUCUCCGCCAUCUCCAUCGCCGAAUACGAAGGUCCCACAACUAAGAGAAACAGUAUGGAGAUUUCUCAACCGAUUGUAGCUUGCAUCACCGAUUUGACCUUCGAAUACAUCGGUCUCCUGGCAAAGGACCUUGAUCUAUUUGCACCCCAUGCUGGUCGUAAAUCCGUUAAAAUCUGUUCUCUUCCAUUUUCUGCUCAUAGAAACGAACAUUUAGCUGCGUCGUUGAGGUCCUUCCGCGAUGAGCUUAAAGGAAAGGAACCCCAAUGUGAAAGGAAGAGGAAGAAAGUACUCAGAAAAGACGAUAAGGCUAUCGAAGGUAUUGUGCAUAUCCCUGAUCUCUGA